AUAUCAAAUUCCUGUCAAAACUAGUAAUAAACUCUGGCCUAGGCAGUGUUGGUUCUCUGCUCUGUACACUAAACUCCUUUCAUGUAUGACCAAAUCUGUAAUCAUCUUUACAAACUGCAACGUAGGAGGUAAGUGUUGUCCUCCACCAGUCCAUCACUUGCCUGUUCAAUCAUAUAAGUUUCACACCUGCCACCGGAAUCAAGUCCAGAGUCCCAACCACACUCUUCAGUACUGUGGGUUUCACCAUCCCACCUUACUUUCU